CUCUCUUUCCCUCAUUUAUUUCACUCAUCCCACUUUCAUGUCCUCUCUAUAUAUGCACAUUCGGAACCCCACACUUAUUCCUACUACUUCCAAUUCCAAAUUACCUCUACUUCAUCUUGUUCUUUCUCAUCACUCUUCUUUGUUCCUUGAUUGUUGCUAUUUUUUUCUUUCUCAUUUGCCAAAGCCAUGAACAAGUUUAAGAAAUCUCAAGUUCUAGUUCUCUUAGUUCUAGUUCUUCUUCUUCUCAUCACACCCUUUUUACCUUCCUCUUUGAGACCAACCUACUUGUAUUUCAUUAUAAACUUCCUCAUCAUGGCACUUUUUGCUGAAGCUGGCCUCAUUUCAGAUUUUUCUAGGCCUUUAGAAGAUAAAAAGCAAUCUACUUCUGUUACCAAUUCCACUUCUGAGAAAAGAGAAGUUUCCAAUUCCACCCCUACAGUUGUUGGAGAUGAUGUCUCAGAACAUGUUGAAAAGUCUGCAUCUGAGAGGGUUGUUUGUGUCACCAAAGUGGACAAGGUGCAAAAUUCUCCUUCAAUGCCUACCCUUUUAUUCAUAGGGGGUGGAGAAGCUGAUGAACAGGUCAUGGAUGAAGAGCUUGAAGCAGAAGAGGAGCUUGGAGGAGUAAAUGGGCAAGAGCUCUUUACAAAAGCUGAGGCCUUCAUUGGGAACUUCUACAAGCAACUGAAGAUGCAAAGUGAGGAAUCUUGGAUUUAUCAAAAAGCCCUUUAGGAAGGGUGCAUUAGCUUUUACAAUAGAAUAAUGUGAUUUCUCUAGUGUUCUAGAUUAGAAACUAUGGUUCUUAUGAGAAACCAUAAUAUUAUUCUCUGAUGGUUUUUUCCCCUUCCAUUGGGUUUGUACAUAUUUUAACUUCUGAAUUCUGAGGUCAAGUAUGUUUCCUGAUUAGUAUCAUCAUCAGAUAAAGUUACAGUUAAGAGGGUUUUAGUGUGGUGAUGUUAGAUUUCUUCAUACAAAUAAGAAAAAAGGAGGAUGUUCUGAAUGAUGAUAUACAAAAUCAUACAUAUGUUUGUGUC